CCGUCUGGAUGACGUAGCGCCGUGCCGUGGCGUCAUCUCCAGGCACCGGGAGCAGCUGGCGCUGUUGACCGGCGCUAUGAGCGCGGAUGAUGAGCUGAGCCUGCUGGUCAUCGUCGUUGACGCCAACCCGAUCUGGUGGGGAAAGAAGGCGCUAGGAGAAGCUGAGCAGUUCACCCUGUCAAAAUGCAUUGAUGCAGUGAUGGUGCUGGGAAAUUCGCACUUAUUUAUGAAUCGCACCAACAGACUUGCUGUAAUAGCAAGUCACACACAAGAAAGCCGUUUCUUGUACCCUGGGAAGCGCUGGGCUUUUGCCGAUCCAUUUGGAGAUGGCGGUAGUUCCAUGGAAUCUAACUGCUCUGGCAGCAAGGAUGGAAAAUAUGAAUUGUUAACAGCAAUAAAUGAUGCGAUUGCAGAAGAGAUUAAAGACCUCAUGACAAAAACUGACAUGAGGGGCCAGCAAACAGAAACUCUCUUAGCAGGAUCACUUGCUAAAGCACUUUGCUAUAUCAACAAGAUGGGCAAAGAGGUAAAAGCCAAUCAAGAAAUGAAAUCAAGGAUUUUGGUCAUAAAAGCAGCAGAAGACAGUGCAUUGCAAUAUAUGAAUUUCAUGAACGUGAUCUUUGCGGCACAGAAACAGAGUAUUUUGGUUGAUGCCUGUGUCUUGGACUCUGAUUCAGGUCUUCUACAACAGGCUUGUGACAUUACGGGUGGCAUAUAUUUGAAAGUGCCCCAUAUGCCUUCCCUUCUGCAGUAUUUGUUGUGGGUAUUUCUCCCCGAUCAAGAGCAAAGAUCACAGCUUGUCCUUCCACCUCCUAUUCAUGUUGACUACAGAGCUGCAUGCUUCUGUCAUCGAAAUCUCAUUGAAAUUGGUUACGUGUGCUCUGUGUGCUUGUCAAUAUUCUGCAACUUCAGUCCUAUUUGUAGUACAUGCGAGACUGCUUUCAAAAUAUCAUUGCCACCUGUCAUGAAAGCUAAGAAGAAGAAAUUAAAGUUAGCUGUAUAACAACAUAAUGUAAAUACACCAUUACCUCCUCCAGUAAUUCCAUGAAAUGGAACAUACUUGAGAAAUUGAUGGCACUUUUUAUUGGGUAUGGAAGAGAACUGUAUGCAGUGUUACUACUUGUUUCGUAAGGGAUAAAUAUUUAAAUCGUAUGUCUUCUACACAGCCCUUUAAGUAACAAAUCGCUGUAUUACCAUGUAACCUGUGCUGUUUUAAAUACUAAUUCUUAAUUGUGAGAGGAAUCAGAAGUUACAGGCUGUUAAGAGAUGCACCCUGUGAAGUAGAAGGUAUUCUGGCCACUGCAAAGUUUCACACCUCCAAGUUAUUUUCAAAGACAAGAAAGCUCUGGUUCUUUUUGUAUGUUGGUGUAAAGGUAAGAAUGACCAUUUCACUGGUGUGCAGGAUUGGAACCUUAAUACUAUGUUAUUCAGGGACUUCAACUUCUUGCUAGCUUUUGCUAGCGAUUUUUAGACUUAGAAACUAAACAGCAUUAGUUUCGAAAUAAAUGAGCCAACAUUUUCAAGAUGGUUUAGAACCCACCUUUUUUU